GCGUCAGUGGGCGUGGAGUAGUGAUGUUUUGUGAUGGGAUGGAAAAUGGCGGCUGUUCGGAGACCGCAUUAACUUUCUAACAUAGCAGUGAUAACAGCGGCAGCCGCCGCGCGCUUUGUGUGCAUAUGGAAAUAUGUGAACGUUGUUAUUUUAAGAAGACUUCAAGUCAUGCUGAGCUCCCUGCGGCCGCCGUUCACAGAGCUCACGUUACCUGGACACGACUUGGAAUGUUGAAGGGGAGGAACAAAGCUCCAGUGUGCAGGCUGGAUUUUAUUAUUAAUAUGUAACACUUUUUUUUAGCUCUAUUCAGUGUACUGAGUAACUUUAAUGUGCUUAUUGAAACGAGUCGAGUUCCACAUUAAGCUCCUCACGUCCAGUGGACGCUGGGUAACGUGAAACCCACGUUACAAACAAAUAACUUGAGACGUAACGUUCGUGUUUACAUUUGUAAAGAGCUGCACAGACUCGCGCGUUGUUCACUCCUUCUUGUUGUAACUUAAGUUAGUUAAGUUAGUUCGCAGAGUAGUGGAGGUGCUGUUGUGGACACACGCCUCCCAGCUGCUUGUCUCCCACACACACACACACACGGAGCUAACGGGCUCGGUGCUGUUCUGAUGCUCACGGCUCGGUUCACCGCCGAUAAUGGAUGAUUCCAAGCCACGGUACAGCAAGAGGCUGCGGGCCGGUACCCGGCGACGUUACCAUGACGACGGCAUCUCAGACGAAGAGAUUGACGGACGGAGGAUGUUUGACCUGGAGGAGAAGGUCAACAGUCAGAGGUUCAGCUCUGAUCGGGUCCUGCGCAUGGAGGGAAAAGACUUCUCAUAUGAGUUUGUCCAGAGAGGCGGCCUCAGGGACCCAAUCAUCUUUGAGAGGCCUGAUGGUCUCGGACUCAAGAUGCCCGACCCUGACUUCAGUGUCAAUGACGUCAAGAUGUUUGUCGGUAGCAGACGUAUGAUCGACGUAAUGGAUGUGAGCACUCAGAAGGGGACGGAGAUGUCCAUGGCCCAGUGGACACGUUACUACGAGACCCCUCCGCCUCAGAGAGAGAAGCUGUAUAACGUCAUCAGCCUGGAGUUCAGCCACACCAAGCUGGAGAACCUGGUCAGGAGGCCAACCACAGUCGAUCUAAUAGACUGGGUGGACAACAUGUGGCCUCGUCACCUGAAAGAGAGACAGAGAGACUCCACCAACUGCAUCAAUGACAUGCAGUACCCCAAAGUACAGAAAUACUGCCUGAUGAGUGUGGAGGGCUGCUACACAGACUUUCACAUUGACUUCGGGGGGACCUCCGUGUGGUACCACAUACUGAGAGGAACCAAGGUGUUCUGGCUGAUCCCACCCACCCCUCAGAACCUGGAGAUGUACGAGAACUGGGUGCUGUCAGGGAAACAGGGAGACGUUUUCCUCGGGGACCGAGUGUCUGACUGCCAGAGGAUCGAACUGAAGCAGGGCUGCACCUUCAUCAUCCCCUCAGGGUGGAUUCAUGCCGUCUACACCCCGGUGGACUCGAUGGUGUUUGGAGGAAACUUCCUGCACAGCUUCAACAUCCCAAUGCAGCUGAACAUCUGUAAUAUAGAAGACAGAACGCGGGUCCCCGUGAAGUUUCGUUACCCCUUCUAUUACGAGAUGUGCUGGUACGUGUUGGAGCGCUACGUCUUCAGCAUGACCAAGACCUCUUACCUCACACCAGAGUUUCAGAAACACUCGCUGGGCAUCGGUCUGAAGAAGCCCUCUGGCUCCGACCUAGCCAGCGUGCAGGUGAAGGAGGAGGAGGAGGAGGAUGAUGAUGAUGAGGAAGAGGAAGAGGAGGAGGAGGGCGAUGGCAGUGAAGAAGAGCAACAGUCCGACAAGCCUGCAGUGAAAGUUCAUCUGACUCCCCUCGAGCUGGAGGGAAUGUGGAACCUGCUGGGCAAACUGGAAGCUCUGCCCACCAACAAGAAGUGUGUCCCAGCAGGAAUCCACAACGCACCAGCACUCAUUACACACAUCAAGGCUUUGCUAAAGGAACAUGCCAAUGACAAUCCCAAACUGUCCUACACAGGGAAACCCAUCAUCAGGUGGCCAAAGAGACCCUCGUGGUACCAGCCUCCACCCCCUCCGCCGCCUCCCCCUCGCCCUAAAUUAGCCACCACUCCCAUCGUCCCACGACCACAGAAGCCAGCCUCGUCCAUGUCUGUGCUGAGACGCCGCAGGGUCAGGUGUAAGCGCUGUGAGGCCUGCAUGAGACCCGAGUGUGGAGAAUGCAACUUCUGCAGAGACAUGAAGAAGUUUGGAGGGCCGGGGAAGCUCAAGCAGACCUGUGUGCUGCGACAGUGUCUCUCUCCGGGCCUUCCUCUGUCUGCAGUGUGCGAAAUCUGCAAGGAGCCCAAUCAGGAGGAGACCGGAGACCCCUCCCUCACGCUGAUGGAAUGUUCCAACUGUGCACAGAUCGUCCAUCCUGCCUGCCUCACGGUGCCAGGUGAAGGAUUGGUGAAUAAAGAUCUGCCCAGUUGCUGGGAGUGUCCCAAAUGUGUCCAGGGGAUCACUGACCCAGAGCAGUCUAAAGGAGACAAAGGUGAAGGCCUUCCAGUGAAGCGUAAAGCUUCCUCCCUGCUGGACGCCCGCAUGGCUAAGAUUUACCGCCGACAGAGACACAGCCGUGACGGAGACGACUCGGCCAGUGACGACGAUGAAGCCUCACAGAGGAGAAAGAUGGUGCUCCACGCUCGAGGGGGGGCCCACUCUUCCAGGAGGGGGUUCGGUGCCAACAGGAGAGGCCUGCUGAGAGGAGGCUCAGCCCAGAGAGGGAACAGAGGGGCCCUCAUGACUCCAGGCUCCCAGAUGAAGCGAGGGAUAGGCAUGAGGGACAGCGGCCGGAGGGGCCGAGGGGUGAGGCUGCGGGGGGGCUCCAGGAUGCAGCGACGAGGAGACGAUUCAGAGGAGUCGGAUGAUGACGACGAUGACGAAGAAGAGGAGGAAGAGGAAGAGGAGGACAGCGAGGACGGAGGCAAAGAGCAACAGCGCCGCCGCAGGAGGAGGCGCAGGACUGAUGAUGACGAUGACGAUGAUGAAGACGAAGAUGAGGACAGCGAGGGGCAGGAGUUUGACCCUGAAGAGGAAGAGAUGGACACGCUGGAGGACGAAGAGGAGGAGGAGCUGGAGGAGGACGGGCGCUGGGAUUCAGACCCAGAACCUCCGGUCCUCCUGGUGUCCGACCUGAACGACGACCUGCUGAGCGGCUCCUAUCUGACCGUCACUCUGCAGCGCCCCCACAAGGCCAAGAGACAGUCUGCCUCCAUCGUUCCAAAGCUGGAAGCAGCCAUGGGUCCAAGGGUGGCCGCAGUGGGUGCUGCCGGUCAGCAGGGCUUCAUUCAGAGAAAGACGGCGCUGUCCAAACCUUCACGAUUCAAGAGCGCAGACGCCACCGCUGACGCCAUGACCCCGAGAGGACCUGGCAGGCCGCGUCUGCGGGGUAACCACAGCGACAGAGGCACUAGAGAUCGUUCUGCAUCUUCUUCAGAGGAAGAGGAAGGUGGCGCUCAUCCCACAUCCUCCCACCUGUCUGCCCCGUCCCUGCUGUCUCUGCCGUCCUUCAAAGACGUGGGCAAUGAGCGAGGAGGGGAGAAGGAGGUCUGGGUGUCGGUGUUCAGGUACCUGGACCGAGCCGAGCUGCUGGCCUGCAUGACCGUCUGCAAGGCCUGGUACAAGUGGAGCUGCGACAAGCGUCUGUGGAGCCACGUGGACGUGAGCCGGUGCAGCCCACUUACCAACCAGGCGCUGGCAGGCAUCAUCAAACGCCAGCCCACCUCUCUGGACCUGUCUUGGACCCCCCUGGCCAAGAGACAACUCAAUUGUCUGCUCACCAGGCUCCCAGGUCUGAGGGAGUUGAGGGUGACGGGUCUGUCCUGGUCUUGUCUGUCAGCGAUGGUCUCUCCCACCCUGCCCUGCCUCAGGCUGCUCGACCUGCGCUGGUGUGAAGGACUCAAAGACGCCCAGAUCAAAGAGAUCAUCAGCCCGCCUGGUUCCGAGUCAUCUCGCAGCAGACUGAGGAACAUGGUGACGCUGCGUCUGUCUGGUCUGGACAUCAGCGAGUCCACUCUGAGGCUGCUGCAGCGCCACAUGCCCCAGCUGGAGAGGCUGGACCUGGCUCACUGCAAAGACAUAACGGACUCGUCCAUCGCCAUGCUGGCAGCAGCAGGGACUCACACCCGCAACAACCUCACCGAACUCACACUGGCAGGUUGCAGUGAGCUGACAGACGGCUGUCUGUCCUACCUGAAGCGCUUCUCCUCUCUGACUCUGCUGGACCUCAGAGGCUGUAAGAACAUCAGCAGACGAGGCUGUGACGCCUUCAUCUCCGACCUGUCCCACAUCGCCCUCUACUGUAUGAUGGAGGAGAAGCUCAUCCAGCGACUAGACUGACCUGUUACAGCUGGCCUGCUGUACGUUUUGUAGAACAUUUUUUAUACGCUUUAAGACACAAAGCAGCACAUCUGGAACCAGCUGUUAGACACAUGAAACCUCACGGCUCCUCAAAUCUCAGUGACUAAUUCAACAUGUAAAUAAAGACCUUGUUGACCAUGUUUUUUCUCUCUCUCUUUAAGUUGAUGGAGCUCUUGUGCUGAGCUAGGCUAAAUACAUAAAAAUAUGAAGUUGGUCUUUUUACAAAACUACAAACCAGGAUGUUCCUUUAAAAAGUGUUGACUCUAAACAUGUUUGACUCCUGUCACACAUGCUGUACAAGAUCAUGAACAUGAUAUUCAGUCAGACGUGUCGUUAAUGUGAAACCAGCUUUACUUUACACACUGACAGGAUGGAGAGCUGCCUGUUAGGACUACAUUAAGUUUGGGUCUAAAAUAUGGGAAAGAAAACAACCUGUUUGUUCACUGACGCUGAAGAAGGCAGCUGAUAUUGUAUAAUGGAACAGUAUUCUAUGUGUACAGCAAUCUGUGUGUAAAUAUGUUUAUUUUUUAUGUUUCACAUUAAAAGUCCUUCAGAGAA